CUUGAAUACAUUACCUACCUAACGUAGCAGUAGGAGCUAGGCCUACGCAGUAGCGGAUCCAGGACUUGUGCCGUAAAUAAUGCCUGAUGACGCAUAUAACUUACCCAGCUCUGCCCCAGCUGGCUAGGGUUAUAGGUAAGAUGACGGCAAUAGUUUUGGCCUUGGGAGACCUACGAGUAUAUUCUACCCGUUGCGGUGCAAGUUGACGACUAUCUAUUCACUCUCCACGGCUAAGCUUCAUCUUCACCACGAUGGCUCAUAUGCACAUUUCUAUGAGGAGCAGCCCAUUAAAGGGGUUUAUCCAUCCAUUCCUUUCGUAUUUCUUCUACCUUCAUAAACUUGUAUUGCGGAUAAACGGCCAAAAGCAGACUCAAAUAGUUACGAAACCCUCAUAUCCGACGACGACAGCGUUCCGGAGGGUAGACUCGGAAGCUCAACUUGACCUUGAUUAUCAUGCGCGGUACUGGUGGAGAUCUUCAGGAUACGCGCUGGCUGUUCUUCUUGAAAAAGCAGGAUACUCUAGCCAUGCGCAGUACGACAUAUUAAAAUUCGUUAAGGCGAUUACACCUAGCCUAGGCGCUGCUUACGUGCCUGAGAGACAGCGGUGGAAGAGCUUCAUGACGGAUGAUCACAAUCCCAUAGAGCUGAGUUGGGAUUGGCGUACGGGUGGCAAAUCGCCCAAGAUACGAUUUUCUAUCGAACCUGUUGGGGUUCACGCCGGGACUCAUCUCGAUCCCAAUAAUCAGUACGCUGCCUCUAGGCUCCUGGACUCGAUGCUGCAGCUACUACCUGAAGCAAACAUGGAGUGGCUUGCCCACUUCCGGCUGAGGCUAAGCAGCGAGGAGGUAAUAGGUUCGGUAGAAGGUCACCAGUCAAAGGAAUUCUAUGCCUUUGACUUGGGAGAGGACGGCGUCAUAAGUAAAGCAUACUUCUUCCCCGGAUUCAUGGCAAGGGCGACGCGACAAUCCAACUUUGAUGUCAUAUCCGACACGAUCCAGACGGCGCCUGGCAGCUCACCGGAGAAGCUUCAAGCUCUGAAGGUGUUCCAAGAGUACGUCUGUGAUCCGUCGAGCCCGCAGCUAGAAAUGGACAUGCUAGCCAUAGAUCUCGUGGAUCCAGCCGAGUCCCGCUUCAAGAUCUACUUUCGAAUCCGCGAUACCAGCUUCGCCUCUGUCAGGGCUGCUAUGACUUUGGCGGGUCGUGUUCGAAUGCCGGACAUGGAGCGAGGCUUAAAGGAUUUACGGACGAUAUACCACGCAUUAUUGGGCAAGGGUACGAAUCAAGAUGGUGAUGACGCACAACUCCCCGCUAAGGAUCAUCGAACAGCUGGUAUCCUCUAUAAUGUGGAGUUCAAGUACGGAAGCAAAAGUCCCAAGGUUAAGGCUUACUUGCCUGUCCGGCACUACGCACGAAGCGAGGAAGCUGUCAUGUCGGCGGUUGAUGCGCAUCUGCGCGGAGCCAGUCCCCUGUCUAAAGUAAACAUGGUCAGCAUGGUUAACUAUCGGAGUGCUAUGGGGACGAUAUUCUCGCGAGAAGCGUUAAGGGCGCGUAGCGGACUACAUACCUACAUUGGAUGUUCCGUAGAGGCAGGUGGCGAGCUACGCCUUGUUUCGUACAUUAAUCCUCGCCAAUUGAAGUUUGCCCAUGUGCCCGAGGAGAUCUAGGUUGCAUGGAUGUAGACCGAGUUGCCCAAUUGGAUUGUGAGAAUUGGAUUAUUCUAUUUUCAUUAUCCUUGUAGGGUCUCCAUCAGGUACAGGGGCACAGGGGCAGACUACAUACCUAGGUAAGGAUGGACUGUGGAUUCAACGGCUGAUCCAUCCCUACAUCCUAACGGCUACAUAUGUACGUAAAACGACCAAGGACAACCCCCUGAGCUCUCAGCCCUAUGGGUUGCUAUCUGCCGUGUCACCUUCUCUACCUGGUCUUACUAUGCAUAUGGUAACCUUCUCUAACCUCGCUCUGGGGCCUAGGCCUUUUCACGUGGGCUGACAUGGGACUUUGCAAGUUAUCCAACCAUCGGCGGUACCCGCUCGUGAGCUGGUACCAACAAUAGCAUGCAUCUUGUUUUUUCUCCUUAGUUCCGGGCAAGGCAAGGCAAGGCAAGGCGUAACGGGUUUAGCUACGGGUUUAGCUACGGGCUCAGCUUUCAUGAUUCCCCCUGUAGAUAUCUACUUCUUUAUCGUGUAUUGGAUUUAGGAAGGUGGGAUACCAUCAUACAAUUAUUAUCAAAAUUUCCAAACGAUGUAACUGUAACUAGCAUCGUUAUACAUAUAAACAUCUACUGUC